AUGGCCACCGAACAGGUGCAGCCGCUCAAGAUAGUCAAGUCCAACUCGACUGCCUCGUCCAUUGGCUCCCCCACCAAAAUGGCACGCCCUCUAUCAGAAAUUGGCUCGACAGAGCGGAGGAGAAACUCGCCCAGCUACAACCAGGCCACCAAGAAAAUGGUCACCAGCAAAGACUCAUCGCCCUUCGACUCAUCACCACUCCAGCAACAGCGCUCACCGCGCACUUUCUGGGAGGACCGCGCCUCUCCCUCUCGUUUUGGCUCUGAGAACAGCCCCGAGCGUUCUGAGCGCCCCGAGCGCUCUGCCUCUCCCACUGGAAAAACUGGAGGUCGUCGCUCAUCGAUUGAGAACCUUAAAAAGGCAUCCCGCGUCAAGAACAGCACCAUGUAUGCUCGCGAAACAAAGCACAACUACGAUCCCUCGAGCUCGCCCGUCAUCGAACGUCCUCUGAGCAACCGUGGCUGGGGAGGCAACUUCCAGAACAACGUCUUCACUCGCUUCGACAGUCUGCGCAAAGAAAACAGCCCCAUCAAGUCUCCCACCGACGCAGAUCCGAGCCCUUCGAGAAUCCCUGGUCCGUCAUCAGCCAUGUCUGCCACAAACACAUCCGCGCCCAGCUCUCCCCGUCGGGAGACUCCUUCGCCCACCAAGUCUUCUCUUACGUCCAAUAGCCGCUUCGCUGGCUAUUUCGAGGCUGAUCAAAGUCAGUGGCCCGAGGAUCUGGACGAUGAAAGAGUCGCAACUCCUCGUGCGCAGCCACGUCAUGCAAAGAGCGUCACCUUCGAGACAGCACCUCCAGAGGUCAACGAGUACGAACAGCAGACCCCAGAACCAUCUUCCAUCGCCUCAGGCUCGAGAGAAGGAAGUUACGAUUCCGAUGACUACGAUGAUAACAGCUUCGAACGUGCCUCGUCUGUGGAGGAGGACAGUUUCGAUGCAUCUCUCGAGGACACAGAUAAGACUCCGGUGGUCCUUCCUGAAGACUGGAGACACAUGAGCCCUGAUGUCGCUCGUAACCAUCUUGCCAAUGACUACGACGACGUCUUCGCUCACGACGACGAGACCACAGAGAAACAAGGCUCCAUCUCGAACAACGAGCAACGACCUUCUUCCAGCCGCUCCGAAUCUGCCAACUCCGAUGCCGAAGCAAGGCCUCUGCCUCCACUUCCUGGCGUACCCUCUUUUAGAAGAGAGCGUGUCGAUUCUGGUGGUCUUGCUGCUGCUGCAGAACGCGCAAGUAGCAUUCAGCGUUCGCUGCCUUCUCCGCCUCGCCCUGCUUCGGUCUCAAAAGAUGAAAUUCUUCGCAUGAGAGAAGCCAACAUGUCUAUGGAGGACAGAAUGAAUCUUCUCAAGUUGCAAACAUCUCUGUCUGAUAUGCGAAAGUCACAAAACGCAGAAGAAACUGUCGACGAUCAGGCCAAGUCCGUUGAAGAGGAUACUGCUGCCGCUUCAGAAUACUCAGACGCCGAAGAGGAUGAUUUGGCUGGCUUUGACUUUGCACCAAGCAUCUCCCGAGAGUCCAUCCUGCGCAAUGUCAAGUCUCAGAAAUACGACCAAUUUGAUGCUGAUCCGCACGAGGAGUCCAUGGUCUCGUUCGCCGACAGAGACUACCGCGAUCUCGCCAAUCUCGAUCCUGAUGUCCCAAUUCCCUCUCGUGAGACGUCAACACAAUUCGACCCCGAGAUUGGUGCCGCUGUCAAGGAAGAGGACGAGAACAGCUACCUCGACCUGAGUGCUGUCCCGUCUUUCCAUUCGGAACUUGAUGAGGCUGGAGCAGACGAUUAUGAUAGGCAGUCUUCCGUUGUUCAUCAUGCCGAUUACGAUGAAGACUCUCAGGCGGAAGACGAUGAGAGCAGAUACUCCUCCCCCAUGUCAGUCUUGAUCAGCGAGCAACCAGAAGAGCCUACGCACAUAUCUCUUCAAGAGGACCAAGCAUACCCCAUAGAGGACGAAGCAUUUGCGACUCCACUUGGCAACCCACAAUCCACAGAGGAACCAAGCAGUAUGGGUCUUCCUCUAAGCUUCUUGGGCAACGAUGAUUUCGACUUCGGCUUGAAAGACUACAUCACUCCUACACCACCCUCCUCGUCUGGUACACAAGAGCAAAGCAAAAAGUCUGUUCUCGAGCCUCCCUUUAUUUUGCAACCUAGUUUCACUACCGAGCCCGCAUAUGGACGAGAGGGUUCGACUGAAUCUGAUCAAACCAUUGGUCGCGAGUCUUUUGGUUCCGUGAUUCAUGGUUCGAUGAUUGACAUGUCCCCGCCUCCAGAGGACGCACCCAUCAUUCCAGAGCGCAAAGCUACCAUCAAAACACAGGGCAAGCUCAAGGCUCGACCCUCGGGGACUCCCGCCGACCUCGAGGCUAUGAGAGCUCAACGCCGUCAUGUGAGCUACGAAGUGCCCGCGAUUCCUGAUCAGUACCGCUCCGAGACCAUCGCCCAAGUAGAUGAGCAGGCCUCUUCUGACGAGGGUGAAGAUGAAGAUGGCUCAAACAGCUCAGAAUCGCUCUCAGAACAGGAGAUGGCUGGUCAAGAACCUCAUCAAGAUCUUGCGGAUGGCGAGCAUGACAACGGACAGUCUCUCCAGAUGGACACAAGUCCUGAGGUAACAGACGUUCGCUCUGAGCAGGAUGAAAACAAUCGACAAAGUCGCAACAUGAAACUCGACCUUGACUUCCCCCUGGACUCUUUCAACGACGACAUGGGUUUAGGCAUGGAUGCUGAGUUUGACCGUGUGAUCGAGGCUCAGAAGAAAGGAUAUCUCAUGCGUCAAAACACGAAGGUCAUUGUUGCUAGCAACAGGAACUUCAGUGAUGAAAGCCAACGCCCGCUUUCACCCAAUGGUCAAUCCAAUCCGUCGACUUCCACCAAGAGCAAGCGUACUCCACGCAAGUCGAGUGGCGGCGAGAAGUACUUGACGACUGAACCAUGGAACGGCAAGACUAGACGCAAGAGCUCCAGGAGAUCCUCUGGUAGGAGAUCUAACGUUGGUGGGCCAGCUCCUCCACUGCCUGGACAUGAAAGCUCCCUCGGAAAAGUUGAUGAGUAUCUGACUACCGAUGAAACUAACGAGGGCGAGGAGAGAGGUCGACUCUUUGUCAAGGUUGUCGGCGUGAAGGAUCUUGAUUUGCCGCUGCCACGCAAUGACCGCCUUUUCUUCCAACUCACCUUGGACAACGGGUUGCAUUGCGUGACUACUGCUGAUCUUCAGCUCGGUAGAGCUGCUGCAAUUGGCCAGGAGUUCGAGCUCGUUGUCCUUCAGGACCUCGAGUUCCAACUGACCUUGACUACUAAGUUGCCUGCUCCCGCGCCAAAGCCCCAGAUGUCGAUUCCCGUCCCGGUUUCCCCCACCAAGCCCAUCAAGUCGUCAACAUCAAGAUUCUCUCGCCUCCUCACAUCUCCAAAGAAGAGAGCGGAGCGUGAGAGAAAGGAGAGAGAAGAGGCUGCUGAGAUCGAACGUCGUCAACAAGAAGAGAUGCAACGCAAGCGUGCUUCCGUCAAACCUACAUCAUGGGAUAUGCUGCGUGAAGUUGUCGAUGCCAAAUCUGGCUCGUUCGCUCGUGCUUACGUCUCCUUGAAGUCUCACGAGUCUCUGUGUUUCGGACGCCAGCUGACCGUCGAUGUACCUUGCUUCAAUGAGUGGGCAAUCGAAAAAGAUGCCGAUGUCGUCAGCAGUGUGCGCAGCAAGCGCAACAAUGGUAACCCCGGCUUUGGUGGAAGAGAUGGCACCAUCAGACGUCCGCCUUACGCAGUAGGCAAGCUCGAGCUGCAGCUCAUGUACAUUCCUAAGCCCAAGGGUGCUGGUGACGAACACAUGCCCAAGAGCAUGAGUUCAGCUGUCAGAGAGAUGAAGUCAGCCGAACAAGUCAAGGAGUCCUCCUGGGAAGGAUGUUUGAGUCAGCAAGGAGGCGACUGCCCGUACUGGCGCCGCCGCUUCUUCCGUCUCCAGGGUACGAAACUCACGGCAUACCACGAGCACACCCGCCAGCCCAGAGCGACUAUCAAUCUCUCAAAGGCUACAAGGUUGAUUGACGACCAGAAAUCACUCGUCUCUGAUCCCACAUCGGGCCAUCCUACAAAAGGAAGACGCAAGUCUGCCUUUGCCGAGGAAGACGAUGGCUACCAGUUUGUCGAGGAAGGAUUCAGGAUGAGAUUUGCCAAUGGUGAAACCAUCGACUUUUACGCCGAAAGUGCCGCAGACAAGGACGCCUGGAUGAAGGCACUUGGCUCAUGCAUCGGCAAGCCGUCGACGAGCAGCACAGCCAAGUGGACAGAUGUGGUGCUGACCAAGGAACGAUCAGACGCCAAAGCAGCAAAGUCCCAGCUAAGCUCGCCAGACCUCAGUCAAGCAGGAUCAGAUGCUCACGAUGCCAGGGGCGGCGCGCCCAAGCUCACGCGUACGAUGUCGCAACAAGACAGUUCGCGAGAUGCAACGCCGCCUACAAGCAGCCCACGUCCGGGACACCGUGACAGACAUCAAGUCAAGAGCAUGAUCUUCUGA